CCGGCGCGCCCCGAGCCCCCUCGGCCCGCAGCGCUGCGGAGUCCUGAAAAACACCUUCUCCAGCGUAUGGCCAGAGUUACAGGGAGAGGCAGGUUGGACCCUGAGGCGUGAGAAAGAGCAGGGCCCCGGGGAGCCAUGGCCACUGCCAGCAGUGUCCAACUCCCACCCCCGCUGGAGCAGGACGAGAUCCUGAUUGUGAAGGUGGAGGAGGACUUCUGCUGGGAGGAGGAGCACUCCUCGGAGACGGAGGACCCCAGCCCCGAGACCUUCCGCCAGCUCUUCCGGCUCUUCUGCUACCAGGAGGUGGCUGGACCCCGGGAGGCCCUGAGCCGCCUCUGGGAGCUCUGCUGCCGCUGGCUGCGGCCCGAGCUGCGCACCAAGGAGCAGAUCCUGGAGCUGCUGGUGCUGGAGCAGUUCCUGACGGUGCUGCCGGGCGAGAUCCAGGCCCGGGUGCGGGAGCGGCAGCCCGAGAGCGGUGAGGAGGCCGUGGUCCUCGUGGAAGGGCUGCAGCGGGAGCCCAGGAAACGGAGACAGCGGGGCCUGGAGGUGCCCUCUGAUGCCACAGUGCCCCAGGAGGCAGGAGAACCACCCUUGACAUGCCAGGCUGAGGCUACACCAGAGGCGCUGUCCCAGGGAGAAGGGGCUUGGCACUCCACCCUGAGGCCCCCUGCCAAGCUGAACCACAGACCGAAAAGAGGUCCCCAGCACUGGCCAAAGAGGGGCCCAGGGGUCCCCAGGCAGCAGGAGACGGUGCCAGCCACGUCCUGCCUUUCAUCCCACCCCCAGGUGCCGGAGACCUUAAAGGGGGUGCCCGAGUAUCUGCCCCAGGAGGAGUGGGGAGGCCUGGACCCAGCUCGGCAGGACCGCAGCUGGGACGUGGUGCCGGAGCACAAAGGGCUUGGGGCGCGGUUUGAAGAUGGAGAGGACACCCAGGAGGACUCCCCCGGGACAGGGGAGUGCGGCCCAGCCGUCAGGGGCCGCGGCCAGGACCCCAUCAGGCCCCAGCGGCCGGGGGCCAGGGGGGGCCCGCAGGGGGCGGCCAAGCCCUACGCGUGCCCGGAGUGCGGCAAGGGCUUCGGCAAGAGCUCGCACCUGACCAAGCACCGGCGCACGCACACCGGGGAGCGGCCCUACCGGUGCCAGGCGUGCGGCAAGGGCUUCAGCGACCGCUCCAACUUCAGCACGCACCAGCGGGUGCACACGGGCGAGCGGCCCUACGCCUGCGCGCAGUGCGGGAAGCGCUUCAGCCAGAGCUCCAGCCUGGUCAUCCACCGGCGCACGCACACCGGCGAGCGGCCCUACGCCUGCGCGCAGUGCGGGAAGCGCUUCAGCAACAGCUCGCACUUCAGCGCGCACCGGCGCACGCACACGGGCGAGAAGCCCUACGCCUGCCCGGCCUGCGGCAGGGGCUUCCGCCGGGGCGCCGACCUGCACAAGCACCAGCGCAGCCACGGCCCCGAGGGGGUGCGGCCGCCGCCGCCGGGAAGUCCCCGGGCCCGGGCCCAGGCCUGCCCGCGCCGCUGCCCCGGCCCCUGCCGGGGUCUCCUGACCACGAUUCCUAGAGUUGCCAGAAACCGCCAAGCCGCAUCUUUCAGACUGGCCGCGCCCCCCGCGCGAGGACACGGAGCCCGCGGCUUCGGCUGGUCCUUCUGGAAGCCGCGCCCGCCCGCCCUGGCCGUUGCCCGGGCCGUGUCGCUGCCUCCGCCAGUGUCUUCCCAGGACACCGUGUGCUCUCUGUUGAGGCGGCUGCCUGCGCUAGGGGUAAUAUUUACCACCUGGGCCAGCAUCUGGAGCCCAGCACCGAGCCGGAUCCACCUGCCCAUGCAGCGGGAGCCCCAGGCUGGCUUCUCAGCCCAGGCUGGUGGCCACGCCCUCGGCCUGUGUCGGUAG